AUGUCAGGCGUUGAAGUCAUUAGCACUAUUUCCGCCGUCGCUGGCAUUAUUGGACAAUCGAUCGAUCUCUACGAGAGAUUUCAGAAGGACCUCAAACUUUCUGAUACCCUGGAAGCCCUCAAGGGCCCUAUGGUUUUACUUCGCGAUACACUUGCGAUCUGCGCAAGAAAUUUCGAAGAGAAAAAGUCUCAUAUACCAAAAGAGCUGCUUGAAGCCCUAGAGGAGAUAAUUGAGGGUUGCUACGAAAAAGCUCAAGAAUUGGAGAACAUUCUUAAAAAGACGAUGCACGGGGAAAAGGACGGAUGGUUGAAACGCUACCGCACUGCUGUCACGGGGAGGUUCGGGAAGGGAAGAAAAGUUGAAGACCUUGUAAAAGCUUUAUACACAGACCUCCAGCAGAUUGUCAACAAUGACCUCGUUCGCUCUGCAACAUCGACGCGCCUAGUCGAGCUGAAAGAAUCCAUUAAAAAACUCGAUUCGCUUCCGUCAUCACUACCCGAAGAAAAUAUCCCCGAAUCUUUCAACAGCGGUGGAGGGGCACAAACCAACUACAUCAACCAGGGAUAUGGGAUACAGAACAACGUCAACGGGCAGCAGAACCAUGGUGGAACCCAAACCUAUCACUACGGUAAGGAUCAAAUAUAG